AUGAGUAAACCUAAUGUCAUUGUGAUUGGUGCCGGCGGGGUUGGUGUGAUAGCUGCUGUCUCGCUGGAUUUCAAUGCCAAAAGUAACGUUUCUUUGGUCGUGAGAUCGGAUUAUGGGCACGUUAAGGAACACGGCUAUACUAUCAAGUCAUGCAGUUACGGUAAUUUGGAUGGGUGGAGACCACAGACACUCUUCGGAUCGUCAGAAGAGGCAUCGAACUCAGGUACUUUCUUCGAUUACAUUGUCGUUACUACGAAGAAUAUCCCUGACGGUCCAUUUCAAUCUCGUGUGGAAGAAGUCGUCAGACCGGUUCUUGAAAGUAACCGUAAGUUAGAUUCAGAAAGACAAAGUAAUAUUCUUCUAAUUCAAAAUGGUAUUGAUAUUGAAAAGGAUCUUUUUAAGACCUUUUCAAAGCAAGAGUAUAAUUACACAGCAUUGUCAGGUGUUCAAAUUGUGGCUUCCACUAAGGUAGGCCGUGGUGUCAUUGAUCAUAUUGGUCCUGAAAACCUUGCUGUUGGUGCCUUUGAUCCCAGUGACCGCAAUGCAGUCGAAGCUGCAAAACAGUUUAUCAGUAUUUACCUCAACGAAGGUCACAACAUGGCACAAUUCGACGAACGUGUCCGUUAUUCAAGGUGGAAGAAAUUGCUAUAUAACGCUGCCAUAAACACAACAACUGCACUCGUGGGCUUAGAUGUCCCCCGUGCUCUAGAAUUUGGUGUCAAUAAACAAAGUACAGAAUUUGAAAUCUUUAAGCCUGCCAUGAGAGAAAUUAUUGCUAUUGCUGCUGCUGAAGGUAUUGUAUUGGAAGAGAAAUUUAUAGAUUUUUUCACUGAUGCAACAAGAAACCUUAUCUUCAAGCCUUCCAUGUGUGUAGACAUGGAAAAGGGACAAUUAAUGGAAUUAGAGGCCAUUUUAGGUAAUCCAUUGAGAAUUGGCAAGUCAUACGGUAUCGAUGCUCCUAUUUUAUCAAUGUUGUACAACUUAUUACACAUGCUUCAAUUCAAACUUAGGGAGCAGAAAGGUUUAUUGAAAUUUGACGAACAAACUGCUCGGAUUGUGGACUGA